AUGACUGCUUACCACUACAAUCACUACUAUUUCCGCUGGGCCGGCGCUGUCACCACCUAUGCACCCCCACAGUACUACGUCACCAUUCCCCGCGAACUCUCCAUAUCAGCGCCCUACUACGGAUUCGAGCCCAUCGCCCGUCUCUGCAACCGCUUCAUCCGGAGUCUCUUCUCACUGCCCCGAUCACACGGCCAACAAAGUCUUCCUAGAUUUAUCGCCUACGCUCUAUACCGAAGUCAAGUCCACACCUCUGUGAUAUACUCCUCUCUGAUCCUUCUCCGGCGUCUCCAAAAAUAUUAUCCACAGGCAAACGGAAUGGGCGGAGAACAGCUCUUCAUAACGACCCUAAUGCUCGCAGCGAAGAUCCUCAGCGACAGACCAUACAAUAACACCGCUUGGGUUACUGUUUCGCGCAAUCAGUUCACGCAUGAAGCGAUCAAUGAGAUGGAGCGGCAAAUGUGCGGUUAUCUGGCCUUUAAGCUGGCAAUUUUUGGUCCUAUGCUGAAGGUGUUUGAGAAGGCUGUGAAGAGAGAUUUCAGUGAAGACCGGACAAGCUAUCCGAGUUAUAGCUAUGACAUGGUGUCGCCGCGAGGAAAAAAGAAGAAGAAAACGAUCAAAAGGCUGGUGCUUGUUCCUGCUGAGGCACCUUUGGGUUCAGAUUAUGCUUCGCGUGCGUCUGGAUACGCUCACACUGCGCCUUUGCGUUACAGUACUCCAGCUCCUCCGCCCGUUUCUGGUCCUUCUGCCGAUCCAUCUUACCAACCAGGACAAUCUAGACGGCGUCGAUAUACCAGCCUCGUCCCGAAGAUGCCCAUGCCAAUUUUACGACGGGCAACGAUUCCUUUUCUUAAGACUUGUCCUCCCGAUUCUACGUCUGUCACCCCUGCUUCUGCGAUUUACUCUGCUGCGGAUACGUUCUAUCAGCCAAGUCGACGUCGGUGUAACAGUGUAAUAACCAUGCCGAUGCCGAAUGUGCGACAGCCGAGUAUUCAAAUGCCCAGCCGCAACAUUGAGCCUCCGUCUGCGCCUGUUAUCCCUUACAAUUAUAUGCCGGUUUUCGCUCCCGUGGUCUAUUAA